AUGAGCAAGGUCCAAGCCCUAAUGACGGAGCCUGCGAUGAUUCCAGCGUCGUGGUAUCUUGGCGGUACUCACGAUGUCAAGCUUUUGACUAGCGUUGAUGGCGAUCUAGACCCCGCCGUCCUGAACAGAUUGACCACAGUUCCCAAAGAUAUUGGUGAAAUUGCAUUGUCUGUCGAGUGCAUGGUUUCGCUUGAUGACAUAUUCGGCGACUUUGAAAGCGACCUUUUGGCAAAGAUAGCAACGAACACCCUUGUCUCCAAACCACCAAGCUGUGUUGCUUCUCCAGCCAAGAGAGCCAAGACUACCGUCACCAGUAAAAACGCACCACAAGCACAAAUGCCAAAAGCCACUGUCGGAGCACCACCACAAACUAUUUUGAAGCCCCAACGUUCACCAUCCAUGGAAUCCUUCAGUGUUCCCAAUCCACUUGCUGAUUCUACAUACACACCGGUACCGAAUCCGUUGUCUGCUGCUCCCAUCACACCACCCGAUUCACCAGUUUCUGUCACCGUGCCCAUUCCCAUCACCAUCGACUCUCAAUUGUCCCGGAAGCGAAAGGUUUCUACUGCCCCAGCGAUUGCGCCAAAAAACAAGAAGGCUGUAAGGGGGGGGCGAGUCCAAGUGUCUCUUGUUGCUGCUCCGAGGCAAUAA